UGAGCCCUUUUAAGACAUUUUGCCUGCAAAAACUCAGCUUGUGGCUCAAGCGUUGUCAGUGGAUACUUGGGAAUAACCAGCAUAAGAAUAUGAACAAGAGAAACGUACUAAUGAAUUCAGAUUUAUAAAGCCAGCAGGAACGGUUAUAAAACAGUUAACAGAGGGAGGCUAGAGGAUUCGCCAUGGCGUCAGAGGUUGCCGCACAAACCUCACGAACUGUAGCAUCACAGGUGCCGUUUGCAGACUUAUGUUCAACGCUAGAACGGAUCCAGAGAAGUAAAGGACGGGCGGAAAAGAUCAGACAUUUCAAGGAAUUUUUAGAUUCAUGGAGAAAAUUUCAUGAUGCCCUUCAUAAGAAUCAAAAGAAUGUCACAGACUCUUUUUAUCCAGCAAUGAGACUCAUUCUUCCUCAGCAAGAAAGAGAACGAAUGGCCUAUCGAAUCAAAGAAACCAUGCUCGCAAAGCUGUACAUCGAGCUGCUUAAUUUGCCAAGAGGUGGAAAAGAAGCACUCCAGCUUUUAAAUUACAGAGCCCCGACAGGAGUGCGUGGCGAUGCUGGAGACUUUGCAAUGAUCGCCUACUUUGUAUUGAAGCCAAGAUCUUUACCGAAAGGAAGUUUAACCAUACAGCAGGUAAAUGACAUUUUAGACUCAGUUGCCAGCAAUAAUUCUGCACAAAAAAAGAACCUGGUAAAGAGUAGCCUUCUUCGGUUUAUAACUCAGAGUUCAGCCCUUGAACAAAAAUGGUUCAUACGGAUGAUUCUAAAGGACCUGCACCUCGGUGUUAGUGAGAGCACUAUAUUUUCUGUUUUCCAUCGCGAUGCUGCUGAGUUGCAUAAUGUCACCACCGAUCUGGAAAAAGUCUGCAGGCAACUGCAUGAUCCUUCUGUUGGACUCAGUGAUAUUUCUAUCACUUUAUUUUCUCCCUUCAAACCCAUGCUAGCUGCUAUUGCAUAUAUUCAGCGCAUUGAGAAGGACAUGAAACACCAGAGUUUCUACAUCGAAACCAAGUUGGAUGGUGAGCGUAUGCAAAUGCACAAAGAUGGGGACGAAUACAAAUUCUUCUCCCGCAAUGGGUAUAACUUUACCAAAGAGUUUGGUGACUCGUCACAAAAUGGUUCUCUAACGCCAUUCAUUCAUAGUGCUUUCAAAACAGAUAUACAAAACUGUAUCCUCGAUGGGGAGAUGAUGGCCUACAAUCCCAACACUCAAAGCUUUAUGCAAAAGGGGAUGAAAUUUGAUAUUAAAAGAAUGGUAGAAGAUUCUGAUCUGCAAACUUGUUACUGUGCUUUUGAUGUGUUGAUGGUUAAUAAUAAAAAGCUAGGACACGAGAUCCUGAAAAAGAGGUAUGAAAUUCUUAGUAGUAUUUUGAGCCCAAUACCAGGUAGAAUAGAAAUAGUGCAGAAAACAGAAGCUCAUACUAAGAAAGAAGUCAUUGAUGCUUUGAAUGAAGCAAUAGAUAAGAGAGAAGAGGGGAUCAUGAUAAAAUACCCCUUAUCCAUUUACAAGCCAGAUAAAAGAGGUGAAGGUUGGUUAAAAAUUAAGCCAGAGUAUGUCAGUGAUCUCAUGGACCAACUAGACAUCUUAAUUGUUGGAGGCUAUUGGGGUAAAGGGUCCCGGGGUGGAAUGAUGUCUCACUUUUUGUGUGCAGUAGCAGAGAAACCCCCUCCUGGCAAAAAACCAUCUGCAUUUCACACACUUUGUCGUGUGGGCUCAGGUUACACCAUGAAAGAACUCUAUGACUUGGGUUUGAAAUUGGCCAAACACUGGAAGCCUUUUAACAAAAAAGCUCCACCAUGUAGCAUUUUGUGUGGAACCGAGAAGCCAGAAGUCUACAUCGAACCUUGUAAUUCUGUCAUCGUGCAGAUCAAGGCAGCCGAGAUUGUCCCCAGUGACAUGUAUAAAACGGAUUGUACCUUGCGUUUUCCACGCAUUGAAAAGAUACGCGAGGACAAGGAAUGGCAUGAAUGCUUGACGCUGGAUGACUUAGAGCAGCUUCGGGGGAAGGCAUCUGGGAAGCUUGCAUCCCGACACCUCUGUGUAGACGGGGAUGAGGAGCCGCAGGGCAAAAAGCGGAAAGCUGCUGCCCCAAAGAUUAAAAAAGCUAUGAGGAUUAUCGAACACUGUAAAGCACCUAAUCUUUCCAACAUCAACAAAGUGUCUACUGUCUUUGAAGAUAUGGAGUUUUGUGUUAUGAGUGGAACAGCCAGCCACUCGAAGACUGAGCUGGAAAAUCGAAUUGCAGAAUUUGGUGGAUAUAUAGUACAAAACCCAGGCCCAGACACAGCCUGCGUAAUCGCAGGGGCUGAAAACAUCAGAGUGAAAAACAUCGUUUCUUCAGACAAACAUGAUGUCGUGAAACCUGAGUGGCUUCUGGAGUGCUUUAGGACUCAAAGCUGUGUUCCUUGGCAGCCUCAUUUUAUGAUUCAUAUGUCCCCAUCAACAAAGCAAGAGUUUGCUCUUGAAUAUGACUGCUAUGGAGAUAGUUAUUUUGCUGAUACGGAUUUGAACCAACUAAAGGAAGUGUUCUCAAUGAUUAAGCACUCUAGUGAGCAGACCCCCAAAGAAAUGGCUUCUGUGAUUGCCGAUUUAGAAUGUCGAUAUUCCUGGGACAGCUCGCCCCUCAGUAUGUUUCGACCCUACACGAUUUAUGUGGACCUGUAUACUGUUAUCAAUGAUCUCGGCACCAAAAUCCAGGGAACAAGAUUGGCGCUGAUAGCCUUGGAGCUCCGAUUCCAUGGAGCCAAAGUAGUCUCUCGUUUAACUGAGGGGGUUUCUCAUGUAAUCGUUGGGGAGGAUCGGAGUCAUGUUGCAGAUUUUAAAGCUUUUAGGAGAACUCUUAAGAGAAAAUUUAAAAUCCUACAAGAAGCUUGGGUGACUGACUCAAUUGACAGGUCUGAAUUACAGGAGGAAAAUACAUAUUUGAUUUAAAGCUGACUUUAUAGGAAAAAAGCCCCUAUUAUUGAUCAGACUGCAGAAGGUAGUAGCUAUAAAAUAUUAAACCACAGGGUUUUUUUUUUUCUUCUAGUAGUGUGUGUGUAUACAGCAGUAUUAGAUGCAGGAAAACAAUUUUAAGUUUUGAGAUUAUAAAGAUGGUAAAGGACAGGAAGGAAAAAUCAUUGUAGCAGUGUAACAUUUGAUGAUUUUUUUUUAAUGACCACAAUGAAAUAAUAAAAAUAGCUUUAAAUAAUAUAGACAUCUGAAACUUUGAUUCAGAUAUUAAUAAAAGAUAUUUUAAAACUUUUAGAAUCUUUAAAAGUACCUCCUAAGGAGGAUUUUCUGAAGUUAAAUUAAAAUUUUAAUACUUUUUAUCUAGUGAAAGCAUUAAAGGAGGAAAAAAAGUGGAGUUGUUAUUACAAUCGAACUUUUAAAUAUAUUUAAUUUAACAUGAAGGCCCAAGUUCCUCUUGUAAAUGUUGUAAACACUUUCAUGUUUUAAGGUUAUGAAUCCAGCACAGUAAUGAACCCUUGGUAAUGAUGUCAUUAGCUAGAUGAAGGGAAUUUGAGACUGCUCUGUACACUUAAAAGUGAAUCCGUUUGAUUGAAAAAGAAAAAACAAUUUUAAAAGUACCUGAGUAAUACCUAAUAUUUUUCUGAAGUAGAGCCUCUUUUUGUUUGUUUUUUAAAGCAUUCUUUAUGUGACUGUACUCCAGUAUAAAUAGUAUUCUUGGUGUGUGUUUUUACUAGAUAGAGCUAGUGGGUACCCAUUAAAAGGCAUUCAAGUUGUUUUUAUUAGAGUAAAAUAAAUUGCUUUGAUUAUUAAAAAUUAGUUCUUCCCUUAGGUCAUGUUAAAUCUUUGUAUAACAUAUAUGAUGUUUGGAUUUACAUGGCAAAUGGUAAAGACUGUAAAGUGCAAAAAAUAUUUUCAUGACAUUAAUGGUAUACUAACUGGGAUUUGGUGCCUGAGGAACUGGUUAUAGAUUAUUUGUAAGUAAGUAGAUAUUUUAUCCAAAUAAAGGAACAGUUGCAUGUGAUUUUAUUGUAUUUCUUAGUAAAAUAAAAUAUUGCAUGUACUAUUAA